AUGACAACCUCGUCAUACAAUGAUAGGCCAUCUACUCAGGACAACUGUCCCGAUCAAAGUUGCCAGCAUCAUCAACAACUACAACAGCAGCAGCAGCAGCAACAGCAACAGCAUCAACAACUACAACAGCACCACUCCAGCAGCAACAACAACAAUCACCUGAACAGUUCGACAACUGCCGCACCCCAGAGACCUGAUGGCACACACCCUAACCAACCUGAUAGUAUCAAUUCAAUAAUGAGUCCGGACACUGGUCUGUUCACCAGAGUCACCUUCAAGGUAGAGACGCCAGUGGACCAGAUGGCAUCUCCAAACCAAGUGGUGGCGAUCAUAGGUGAUGUACCAGAGGUUGGUAAUUGGUCCGCUUCUGGAUCAAUCCAAUUGGAUAACGUAGAGAGGACUGAUACACAUCUCAUAUGGACCACUUGUAUCGUGUUCCAUUCGUCAGAGAAGAUCCACUACAAGUACAUCGUACUAAACAAGGCCAGAGUGCCACCUUUGCUUCAGGAGUGGGAGGCCACCAAGGGCGUACGUUCGAUCCAAGUGGAGGGCAAGGAGAUGUUUGUAAACGAUGGCCUGUUUGGCAUGCUUGACUCUGCAUCACAGCCCUGGAUCGGUCGUGGUUGGCUGGCCGAGAAUGAAACCCAACUACGUGUUAUGCUCCAAGUGGACCAAUCACCAGUUAUUCUAUACGACAAGGCACUGGAAAACUCAAACCUGGUUCUAAGGAUUCAUGAUCCAUAUGGAUUAUCGACAGAUUUCCAACUACCACUGAUGAGAUACACUGAGCUUGUUCUGCAUGCCCCAUCAAUGGAGCAGCUGGGCUUCUCUGCCAGUAUCCUGAGACAAUGUCCCACCAGCAAUGAUCAUAAGGACCUGCUUGGCAAAGUGUUCAUUGUGUCCAAUCAAUUGCAAAGCAAGUGGGCCAAGUUACAUUCACCAAUUCUAAAUGAAAAGGGACCGAUUGGCGAGUUCAGGUUCAACUUUAUGGUGGUGACACCAUUCACACACUCAAUGAACUCAUUGAGCUCCCUCUGGCAUGCCUUUGUCGAGCAUCAACCUAAAACACUAAUUGGACACAGAGGCAAUGGCAAGAACAACUUUGGUAUCAACACCAGUGCUGUUAGUGAGUAUCUAUGCUUUAGUCAUUUUGGUCUGCUGGUACACUGA